GCGUAACCCGGAAGCGCUCGGCGGUGCGGCGCUGUUUAAAGAUGGCGGCGGAGGAGCCUCAGCAGCAGAAGCAGGAGCCGCUGGGCAGCGACUCCGAAGGUGUGAACUGUCUUGCCUAUGAUGAGGCCAUCAUGGCUCAGCAGGACCGAAUUCAGCAAGAGAUCGCUGUGCAGAAUCCUCUGGUCUCGGAGCGGCUGGAGCUCUCAGUCCUGUACAAGGAGUAUGCUGAGGACGACAACAUCUAUCAACAGAAGAUCAAGGACCUCCACAAAAAGUACUCGUACAUCCGCAAGACCAGGCCUGACGGGAACUGCUUCUAUCGAGCUUUCGGCUUCUCCCACUUGGAGGCGCUGCUGGAUGACAGCAAGGAAUUGCAGCGGUUCAAGGCUGUGUCUGCCAAGAGCAAAGAGGACCUGGUGUCCCAGGGCUUCACCGAGUUCACCAUCGAGGACUUCCACAACACGUUCAUGGACCUGAUCGAGCAGGUGGAGAAGCAGAGCUCGGUGGCGGACCUGCUGGCCGCGUUCAACGAGCAGAGCACCUCCGACUACCUGGUGGUCUACCUGCGGCUGCUCACGUCCGGCUACCUGCAGCGCGAGAGCAAGUUCUUCGAGCACUUCAUCGAGGGGCGGACGGUGAAGGAGUUCUGCCAGCAGGAGGUGGAGCCCAUGUGCAAGGAGAGCGACCACAUCCACAUCAUCGCGCUGGCGCAGGCCCUCAGCGUGUCCAUCCAGGUGGAGUACAUGGACCGCGGCGAGGGCGGCACCACCAACCCGCACGUCUUCCCCGAGGGCUCGGAGCCCAAGGUGUACCUCCUCUACCGGCCCGGACACUACGACAUCCUCUACAAGUAGGGCCGCCCGGCCCGGCCCGGCCCGGCCCGCC